AUGUCUCUCGAAACAGUCGCACUCGAGCACGUGCCGUCGUCCUACAGAAUCUACCUCGCGCUUUUCCGCAACGUCCGCAACUCGGGCUUCCUGCACCAGCAGCUGCUCGCGCGCAAUACCGACUUCGAAUAUGCCUUUAUCGACGCUUCGACGAUUGUCUCGCGCCUUCACCUACUCUCGGCGAUAUUCAAGGCAGUAAACAGUUCAGCCAAUGGCGCGCUCAAGACGCCCAAUGUGCAUUCAGAGACAGUCGUGUCAUUGAGUGCUUCCAACAACAUUUCCGACGCAUAUCGACGCUUUGGAGUCUCCCCGUCCACCACCGACCUCUUCGUCGUCAAGAUUACCUUUCCGAGCGACAGCACUCCCGUCCCAGCAUCGGCAGACGCUAUUUACAAACACUUGAAGGAUAACGUUGAAGGAGACAUUGUGCCUCCGACCGAUGAGAGCAUCUCAAGCAUUGCAGACGUCAAGACUGUUCGCAAAAACUACAAGCUGAAUGGUUUAGCCUGGCUAGACGCUGUCAAGGACGAGGUGGUUAAGCGCGAGGAGAUUGAGAAGCUGGUCCUCAGUGGCAUGGCUCUGCGGGGUCUAUGA